UGUUUGGAGACGGAGAGUACUACUACUUCGCAAGCAAUUUAGCUUUAAUUCAACUUAAACGGUAGGAAAAGUUUCAGCAGAAAACUUUGCAGUGAAAGUAGGCUACUGAUACAGCACUUUCAUUCAGGAGCUGUUGGUGGCACAGCGGAGCCCAGUAGACGGGAGGAGAGGGAGGGAUCUGAAGAGCCGUGCCCAGAUCGACUGUCUACAGCACCGACUGACAGCAUGGGUGAAGAAGGGCCUCCCAGUCUGGAGUACAUCAAGGCUAAGGACCUGUUCCCCCAGAAGGAGCUGGUGAAGGAAGAUGAGAGCCUUCAGGUGCCAUUCCCAGCUCUUCAGGGGGAAGGAGUGGAGUAUCUUGGCCGUGCUGAUGACGCCAUCAUCGCCAUCUCUAACUACAGGCUCCACAUUAAGUUCAAGGACUCUGUCAUCAACACCUACCCAGGUGUGGACAAUGAGAUAUCUGUGCCUCUCAGGCUGAUAGAGAGUGUGGAGGGCAGAGAUAUGUUCCAGCUGCAUAUCAUCUGCAAGGACUCUAAAGUUGUCAGAUGCCACUUUGCAACGUUCAAGCAGUGCCAGGAGUGGGUGAAGCGUCUGAACCGGGCCAUAGCUCAUCCGUCACGGCUGGAGGACCUGUUUGCCCUGGCUUAUCAUGCCUGGUGUCUCGGAGGCAGCGCCGACGACGAGGACCAGCACGUUCAUCUGUGUCGCCCAGGUGAUCAUGUGCGUCAGAGAAUGGAAAUGGAGGUCAAGAGAAUGGGCUUUGACACUCAAAAUGCCUGGAGAGUGUCAGACAUCAACUCCAACUUCAAGCUGUGCUCCAGCUACCCCCAGAAGUUGCUGGUCCCGGUUUGGAUCACUGACAAGGAGCUGGAGAGUGUGGCUUCCUUCAGGUCCUGGAAAAGGAUUCCUGUUGUGGUCUACAGGCACCAGAGGAAUGGAGCAGUGAUUGCCCGCUGCAGUCAGCCUGAGAUUAGCUGGUGGGGCUGGAGGAACACAGAGGACGAGUACCUGGUGACCUCCAUCGCCAAGGCCUGUCAGAUGGACCCCGGGACCAAGGGCACCUGUGCAGCUCCGGCCUGUCGACCCCGCGGAGAAGGCCCCGACUCCUCAGAUAGUGACUUUGAUUCCUCUCUCACUGGAGCUCCUGGCUCCGAUGACAGCACUGUGCCACAGAAGCUGCUGAUCCUAGACGCUCGCUCCUACACUGCUGCAGUGGCCAACAGAGCCAAGGGCGGAGGCUGUGAAUGUGAGGAGUACUACCCCAAUUGUGAGGUGAUGUUCAUGGGCAUGGCCAACAUCCAUGCCAUUCGAAACAGCUUCCAGGCCCUUAGAGCUGUCUGCAGCCAGAUCCCGGAUCCAGGAAACUGGCUGUCAGCACUGGAGAGCACUCGUUGGCUGCAGCACCUGUCCGUCAUGCUAAAGGCGGCCACUCUGGUGUGCUCCGCGGUGGAGAGGGACGGCCGUCCUGUCCUGGUGCACUGUUCAGAUGGGUGGGACCGGACCCCCCAGAUAGUGGCGCUUUCCAAGAUCCUGCUCGACCCCUUCUACAGGACGUUAGAGGGUUUUCAGGUGCUGGUGGAGACUGAAUGGUUGGACUAUGGUCAUAAGUUUGGGGACCGAUGUGGCCAUCAGGAAAACUCAGAUGACGUGAGUGAGCAGUGUCCGGUCUUCCUGCAGUGGCUGGACUGUGUUCACCAGCUGCUCAAACAGUUCCCCUGCCUCUUUGAGUUCAACGAGGCCUUCCUGGUCAAGCUGGUGCAGCACACAUACUCGUGUCUUUAUGGCACCUUCCUGUGUAACAACGCUCGAGAGAGGGAGGCAAGAAACAUCUACAAACGCACCUGUUCUGUCUGGUCCCUGCUUCGCACGGGGAACAAGAACUUCCAGAACUUCCUCUACAUCCCGAGUCAUGACAUGGUGCUGCAGCCGGUGUGCCACACAAGAGCAUUACAGCUGUGGACAGCCGUCUACCUUCCCACCUCCUCUCCAUGUACAGCUGUAGAUGAUGCCAUGGAGCUCUACCUCCCCCCCAGUGUCGCAGGAGACGAACUCACCUCCCGUUCCCUGGACAGACUUCCCAAGACCCGCUCCAUGGACAACCUGGUGUUGGCGUGUGAGAACGGGGUGCCCCUCACACGUACAUCCAGUGACCCCAAUCUCAAUAAACACUGCCAGGAGGGUCGCUCUGCCCUGGAACCCACACCCACCAUGGGAGGAACUGUUGCAGAUAACCCUGAUGAGGAUGUACCCAGCAUUGGAUUGCACAAUGGUGAAUCUGAAGUAGAAGCUGUCAUUCAAUGCCCUGCCUUAACCCAAGAGGCAGAUUCAGGUGUAGAAGGCUGUGAAGAGACACUAGAGGAGACCUGUCUCACCACGCAGCCCUUACCCUCACUGCCCCUUCCUCCUGUCCCUCUCAGUAACGAUGUCACACUCCCUCACAGUCCCUUCACCACUCCUAUCCUCCACCAGGCUUUGCCGCAGAAAACUAACCCUCCACUCCCACCACCACCACCUCCACUGGAGGCCGAGAUCCCCUGUAGGACUGCUGAGACUGUUGUGUCGCCCACUCAUAAAUCAGAGGCAUGUUUACCUCUCCCCUGCAACGGCACUCUGCCCGUGGCCAACACCCCCCCCAGGCUCCUUAACGGCCACAUCGAUGGCCAAGAAAACAGCCACCAAGCAUCUGCAGAGCUCCUGGCUCUCAAGCAGCUGACCCCACUUCUUCCCAUGGAGGACUCCACAGAAACGCUCACAGAUGAAGGAGAACUCCCCCCAGUCCAGCCGUCCAGUGAGAGUAAGGAUUUUAGCCAGAAUCAUUUUCAUGAGGAGGAGCAAAGUGAGUCACAGCCCCAAGUUCAACCCCAAAAGGAGAAAGAGAUCAGGAUAGAUGUAGUGAAAGGAAGAGAGUGUGCAUUAGCGUUGGCAGCAGCUCCUAUACCUGUAGACUGCACCCAGGUAACGGCACGCCAUCUGAUCUCCCAGAGCCAGCUCUCAGACCUAUCCCUGUUUGGUUCCCAUUGGGAGAGUGUCCAGGGCCUGGUGCAGUCCGCUUGCAGUAGCGCCAGUCACUGUGGCAUCAGCCGAGCUUUGCAACCCAAUAGCUAUCAGAGUCGUCGGCUGGCCAGCAAGCUGCUGCGUGCCCAAGGCCUGGCUAUCGCCAAUGGAGCUCAGUGCUGCCACAGGGAAGCUGUUCGUUGCCCCAGCAGCCCCGUGCUGCCAGGAUGGCUGUCUGCUAUGAAAAGUGCAGGCUACACCGCCCUGUGCGGCCCAACUGCAGCCGCCCUGAACAGCUACUCCAUGGCAGGCCAUCAGCUGCUGCCAGCAUCCCACUCCUCGCCCUCUGCCUCCAGCUCUCCUCCCCCAUCCCAGACCCCAGCUUACCUUGACGACGACGGGUUGCCGGUGCCCAUGGAUGCGGUACAGCAGCGCCUGCGUCAAAUCGAGGCAGGAUACAAGCAGGAGGUAGAGGUGCUGCGGCAGCAGGUGCGGCAGCUGCAGAUGAGGCUGGAGAGUAAGCACUACGGCACCCCGCCCUCUGAGCCAGACAUCGACUACGAGGACGACAUUACGUGUCUGCGGGAGUCAGACAACAGCAAUGAGGAGGACUCUCUGUCGACCCACAGCGAGGACCGCCUCUCUGAGGGCAGCUGGGAUCGGGUGGAGCGCAAGGACACAGAGGUCACGAGGUGGGUGCCCGACCACAUGGCGUCUCAUUGUUUCAACUGUGACUGUGAGUUCUGGAUGGCCAAGAGACGUCACCACUGCAGGAACUGUGGGAACGUGUUCUGUAAAGACUGCUGUCAUCUGAAACUGCCCAUCCCAGACCAGCAGCUGUACGAUCCAGUGUUGGUGUGCAACGCCUGCCAUGACCUGCUCCUGGAGUCCCGCACCCGCGAGAUCCGCAGCCAGCAGCUCAAGAAGCCCAUCGCCACAGCUUCCAGCUGAGAGAGCCGUCCUGUAGCAUGGCCCACCUCGGCUCUGUCCUCACCGUUUUGGACCAAUGAGCUGAGCAAACCACUGCAGCCCCAACGUGCUGUGGGGGAAGAUGAGGAGGAAUUGUUGCUCUUUGAGAAGCUUACUUUCAACAUGGAGGUGCAAUGUGAGACCGUCUGACUGGCCGAGAAGAGAAAAGGGAAGGUCUGUGAACCGAGGGACUGUGAUGAAGGCGGUCACAGCUGAGGGAGGUUUUUCCCGCAGAACGAACCCCUUCUGGUCGAAGACAUUUUCAGCCUGGAGUGCUGCAGCGUCCUGCUGCCUCCCCGGGGCUCUGUCCUCUCGUGGUGACCCAUCUGAGACGCCCCUCGUCCACCAACCUCAGGGAGGGGCCGCAUCUCUAACCUGUCCACCCCAGCAGAGUCACCCACCUUUACUACCAAACACCUAUACCCGUCUUCAUAGACGCUGUCUCACACUUCAGAGGACAAUCUUGUCACCUUCCCACAUGCUGGGGACUCCAAAGCCUUUACCUGUUCUACUAGAGGCUUUCAACUUUAAAAGAAAAGAAUUGCUGCUACAGUAUUUAAAAGUCUAAUUUUGUAUUCUUAUUUUGUGCACUACAAGCUGUUGUGUAUUUGAGGGAAUUUGAGACCAAACUUGAGAAAAAGGGAGAAAUCUGCUGUUUAUUUUGCCGUCGCAUCUUUUUCUUGGAGCCUGAAUGUAAUGUGUAAUGGGUAACUGGAAGACUGAGUUUAUGUUAAUGUGCAUUUGGUGGGUCGUCUGCGUUGUUCAUUGCCGCAGUGUUUUCAAAAUUAUGUAUAUGCACAGUCAAUGUGGUUCUGUCUUUAUCAAUGCUUUUCUCAAGUAUAGCCAUGUUGCAGCAGUAGAAAUCCUGAGGAAUUUGUACUGACAGAGGGGUCGAUGCGAUACUGCAUUUUGAUUGUUUAUUUGGAAUGUGUGCAUGAUGUGAUUAAGAGGAAGAAAAUGCAGAAACAUCAAGGCGUCUGGACAUAAGAAGUUAUCGCCAGGUUACUGUAAUUGUCCUCCUCUGACCUCAGAAAAGGUCUUUUGAAGGGACAGUCGGUGUUCUGUAAUGGGACAGAAGGAAUUUCAGAAAGGUAUUUCUGCUGAGAUGCUUGUGAAUGAAUGGCUUAAUGUCCACAUAAAAGCUUGAUGUCCAUCUGACUGAUGACGCCGCCUCAGAUUGUUACCUGGCAGUAACGGCUCCUGGGGAAAGGACUGAACAAAGUGCUCGGAGUUUCUUUCUUUUCCUGUUUAGGGGAGUUCAGCCAUGGUCCCCAUAAUUUGUUCUAUUGCGAAAAGCUCUGUGUUUGUGUCUACUGGUUGUUCCUUGAGACAAUAGUGCCAUAUUUUGUUUGUUCUUUUGUCUAUUUUUUUAAGCCUUUUUUUGUUCUCAUGGAUGGCAGCAGGUUUCUAAUCAACCACCUCUUGGUGUUUAAUGGUACAGAUAGCUAGCUGCUUAAUAACAUGGAGACACCUAAAGAUUAAAAAGGGAUGGUUCAGUUCAAUAACAAGGCUAAUGAUUUCAGUGGGUGAUCCGAUAAUGUCACUGAAUUAGUUAACCUGUGUGGUUCUCCAUCAUCUAAUACUUGGGGUUUUUUCACACGGUGUUCAUGAAGUCAAAAUCUUUAAGAGGAACGCAGAAAUGUAACAUAUAUAGUUAUCUGAUCUGUAGUGGUGGCUAAAACCUGUCACUUAAUGAAUUAUUGUUGUAAAGAAAUGCACUGUAAAAGUUAAAUCCCAUGGGUUGAAAUAAAAGAUUAUAUCAUG